CUUCCCAUAUUGUUGACUCUCAUUUCCCACUAUAUCUGCACUUCCAUGGCAACAGUUGCUGUUCAGUCCUUUUUCUCUGCUCCACUGCAAAUUCCCAAAAUAACACAGUUCAAGAUUGGAAUUUGUCAGCUGAAAGUUACCACAGAGAAGAGUGCAAACAUCUUCAAUGCUCAUAGUCUGAUUCAAGCUGCUGCAGAACAAGGUGCAAGCCUCAUACUUUUGCCUGAAAUGUGGAAUUGCCCUUAUUCAACUGACUUGUUCGCAAAGUUUGCUGAGGACUUCAGCGAUAUAGACAGUGCCCCAUCAUUGCUUAUGUUAUCUGAAGUGGCUUCUUCCUUAGGAGUCACCAUUAUAGGUGGAUCGAUUCCGGAAAAGGAUGCUGGUCAGCUGUACAAUAGUUGCCCUGUGUUUGGGCCUGAUGGAGAGUUAAAGGCAAAGCACAGAAAAAUACAUUUGUUUGACAUGGGUAAGCCACUGCCAGGAGAAGUUCAAUUUAAGGAAUCAGACAACAUUUCCGCAGGAGAGAAGCCUACAGUUGUUGAUACAGAUUUUGGACGCAUUGGAAUAGGAAUUUGUCAUGAUAUACGAUUUCCUGAGCUGUCAAUGUCGUAUAGGGCCCGAGGUGCUCAUUUAAUAUGUUACCCUGGAGCAUUCAACAUGAGUACUGGGGCGACCCUGUGGGAGCUGGAGCAAAGAACAAGGGCAGUAGAUAACCAGCUUUAUGUGGCAUCUUGCUCCCCGUCUCGAGAUUCAGCCGGUAGCUACAUGAUAUGGGGUCACUCCACUGUGGUUGGACCGAUGGGUGAAAUCAUUGCAACCACUGGGCAUGAGGAAGCAGUUCUAAUUGCUGAAAUUGAUUAUGCUGCGAUUCAAUGGACAAGGGAAAGCCUCCCUUUAGAGAGCCAGAAGCACAACGACAUCUAUCAAUUCGUAGACUUACUCAGAGAAAGUCCCAGCUCCUAGAGGGCUUUUAGAGCAGAGCAUUUUGAUCAGAUAGCAUAUCAUGGCUAAGUGAAGUUCUGAAAUGGGAUUUUGCAGGAGUUGUUCAUUACCAAGAAAAUGCUUCGCUUAUUUUGUUGGCAAUUGUAACUGUGCAACAGUCCAACUAUAGGGUCUAUUGUAUAUAUAUAACCUUAGCUAGAAAUUUUGGAAGAGACCAUUUCCACAGCUUGAACCCUUGAUCAAUAAUUGAAACAGUUGUUCCUAAUCAUUGUAAAAUCCAAUAAAUACUUGAUAAUCAUUCUAGAGGAUCAUCUGUCUUUGGU